AUGGAUGAACAUGGACAAGAAUCGUGUCAGAUGAGAAGAAACAGAUGGACUGAAUUGUGUGCAAGUGAAGAAAAUACUCACAUCAUUGACAUAACAGAUUCAGAAAAAUACUGUGAUUGGAAGACUAGGCCUAAAAGAGAGAAGUCAACUACAAAGCAGAUCAUUUCUACGGAAGAAUUAUCCCAGGAAAAAUGUAAAAAGGAUAGUUGCCAAGAUUUGAAGUUGGGAAAAACUUGGGAAUAUGAUGUUAUGUUAGAAAAGCAACAGGGCAACCAGGAGAGAUCUUCCAGGCAAAUGGCAAUAACUCAUAUGAAAACUAACAAGGUGACUAACCAUGAAAAUAAUAAAUUUGUGAGAAGAUUCAGACGGGGAUCAGUAUUUGCUUUACAACAGAAAGUACCUGUAGAAAAGACUCUCUGUAAAUUUGACAAACGUGGGAAAAACUUCAAACAAAAUUCAAACCUGAUUAAAUGUAAUAGGGUCUCCUCAGGAAAGAAAAUAUAUAACUACAACGAAUGUGGAAACUCAUUCAUGUUCCAUCUAGAUUUUAUUCAAUAUCAUACUGGAAAAAAAUCCUACAAAUGCAAUGAAUGUCCAAAAGCUUUCAAUAAGGAGUCAUCUCUCAGCAGGCACUGGAAAAUUCACAUUGGAGAGAAAACCUACGAAUGUAAUGAAUGUGGAAAAAAUUUCAGUGAAAGGUCAUGUUUAAAUAAACACCAGAGAAUCCAUACAGGAGAGAAGCCCUACAAAUGUAAUGAAUGUGGGAAAGCCUUCACUGGCAGGUCAUCCCUUAGUAGACAUCAAAGAAUCCAUACUGGAGAAAAACCCUAUGAAUGUAAUGAGUGCGGGAAAGCCUUCAUUCAGAGUAUACACCUUACUCGACACCAGAGAAUUCACACAGGGGAGAAACCUUAUAAAUGUAAUAAGUGUGGGAAGCCAUUUAGAUGGAAUACACAACUUAUUCUGCAUCAGAGGAUCCAUACAGGAGAGAAACCCUAUGAAUGUAACGAAUGUGGAAAAGCUUUUAGCCGCAGCACACAUCUUAAUCAACAUCAGCUAAUUCAUACUGGAAAGAAACCCUAUGAAUGUAUUGUAUGUGGGAAAGCCUUUAAUGACAGGUCAUCUGUUACAAAACAUCAACGAAUUCAUACUGGAGAGAAACCUUAUGAAUGCAGUGUAUGUGGGAAAGCCUUUCCUCACAGGUCAUCCCUUACUGAACAUCACAGAGUUCAUACUAGAGAGAAACCCUUUGCAUGUGAUGCAUGUGGAAAAGCUUUCAGCCGAAACACAUACCUUACUCAACAUCAGAGAAUUCAUACGGGAGAAAAACCCUUUGAAUGUAAUGAAUGUGGGAAAGCCUUUGGCCGGAGCACAAAUCUUGCUCAACAUAAGAGAAUUCAUACUGGAUUAAAACCCUAUGAAUGUAAUGCAUGUGGGAAGGCCUUCAUUGACAGGUCUUCCCUUUCUAAACAUCAGAGAGUCCAUACUGGGGAGAAGCCCUAUGAAUGUAAUGAAUGUGGGAAAGCAUUUAGCCACAUAUCUUCCCUUACUAAACACCAGAGAAUUCAUAAUGGAGAGAAAUUUUAGUUCAUGUGGAAAAUUCUUUAUAAACUCACCUUAUACAGAACAUUGGAGAAAUCAUCCUAGAGAACAUUGAGGUCAUGUGGUACACUGAAAAGAGUUGGAUUUAAAGCUGAUGACUUGGGCUCAAAUCCCAGCUCUUCCA